UAAUAACAAACGAGUUGAAUUUAUUCUUGUGCAUAAUAAAAUAUAUUUCUCGAAUUUCAAGUGUACCUUUUCUUGAGUGAUGUCGGAAGCAGCCAACAUUUUAUGGAAAUUGAAGGGGGUUUUCCCAAGUAGAUCGUCGUCCAGAGAAAAUCAACAAUUGUAUAAAACUCUAUUAACAAAUUCAGUAUUUAGACUUCACUCUCAUGUCACCUUCAUUUUCCUCGUUUUAUCAUCUGGGCUGGUUUUCGUACAACAAUUGUUGGGAACGCAUAUAAAAUGUCUACUGCCCGGCUUGCAAGACGAUGACGACGCCGAUUUGCGAACUUCCGCCGUCACCACAUACUGCUUCAUAACUGGGACUUACACGGUUCCAGAUCUCGAUUCAAAUCAAUUAUACGCCCACCAUGGAGUGGGGACCCACAUUGAAGGGCAAACUACUCAGAAAUUCCAUCAUUAUUUUCAAUGGGUGCCUUUCAUCCUCCUUUUUCUCGGUGUCAUUUUCCGUCUGCCAUACCUUCUCUGGAGAUUUUGGGAAAAGCAGAAACUGCAGUCUUUCCUAAACAUAGGACAAAAUGAACAAGAUUCCAAACCUUCAUCCAAAAAUCCUUCAGCAGAACACUUUGUACGAUGCUUGGGAUACAACAAGGGACAUGCUCUCUCCUACCUUUUCAGCGAAUUGCUCAACUUUCUCCUAGUUUUGGGUUCGUUUUGGACGAUAGAUUGGUUUCUUCAGGGACAGUUUCGGAGGCUUGGGUGGGAAUUUUUUCAAUAUUGGAGAAACUCGGCAAGUUCUAACCGAAAAGAAGUGAGUCCGCUAGACAUAAUUUUCCCAAAAGUUAGCAAAUGCGAUUUUCAAAUGUUUGGCCCAUCGGGGAAUAUUGUUAAGUUAGAUCUCAUGUGUAUUCUUGCGUGCAAUAUAAUAAGCGAAAAGAUAUUUCUUGGACUAUGGGCCUGGUUGCUCUUGUUGUUUUCAUUGGGGACCAUAUUGCUGGUAUAUAGGUCAUUCUAUGUUGCAUUCCAUACAGCCAGAGUGUAUCUCAUUCUUAACAGAACCAUGAAAAAACACCAUCCCCAAAUAAAAUACAUUUGUUCAAAAAUUGGUUAUGCGGAUUGGUUUUUUCUGAAGAGAAUAUCUGACUAUUUGGACGCGGAAUCAUUUGGGGAGUUUUGCGAGCAUGUGCAAAACGAGUACAAAAAGGCUCAGAUAAAUAGAUCUACUAUGCACCAUCGUCAAAGUGAGGAGACGGAGGAAAUGGUCGUAUUUAGAAGUGAUAAGAGUGGCUUUGCGAGGAAACGUAAGCCAAUUUAUGCCACCCCACAACUGGAUGUGUCUGACAGCAGGUCUCUCUACGAGCUUCGAGCAGUUCACGAAGAAACAAACUCCUUGAAAAUGACCAAUCCGAACAAUGGGUCCCUCACUCAGAUUACUGUGCAUAGUAACGAUGAAAUUGAUAACACCUUGAGGAGGGCCAACGCCGGAAAUCUUUAUACAUAGUGCACUUAUUUAUCCUCUCUAUUUUUAGUAACUUUGUGUAAGAAAUUUUGAAAAUAAAAGGAUUUAUUGUCCAAUGGCCUGAUUA